AUGGAAGGAAAGAAAUACAACGAAGUUUUUAGCGAAAUGAGAGAGAAAAUCGACAUUGGAAAGAUCGGGGUACAAGUGGACAAGCUAAAAAGAACAAAUGCGGGAGAUCUACUUGUAAAAUUAAAUGGGAGAGGGGCUGCGGCGAAGUUGAGGGCCGAACUGGACAGCAAAAUGAACGGGAUGGACACGGCAAUCCGAAGAAAGGAGACUUUCUUCACGAUUACGAGUUUGGACCCUGGGAUUUCGUCGCUUAUAGAACAACAUGGAAGUUCCGGAAAUUUGCGAUCGUCAGCUGUGGCGAGAGUGGGACAGGCUGUCAACUUGGCUGUGGAACGAUUCGUGACAGUGGGAGAAACAAUUGCAGAUGAUUAUCCAGAAGUUAGGCAGGGAAUGUAUGAAGCGUGUAAGGAAGCGCGUCAGGCGGGUUCAGCAAUCGAGCAUAUCUGUGAAGUACAUGACGAGGAAGUCUCUCCCGAUAGGACCAUAUUAGUUAGAGCAGCACGAUGUCUACUGGGUGCUAUUACUAGAGUUUUACUUUUGGCUGACAUCGUAGUUGUAAAACAACUUCUGUUUGCCAAAGAUAAGGUGUCCCACAGUUUAGAUCGAUUAGAAUCCGUGAGCAACUUCACAGAAUUUGUCAAAGCAUUUAGUCAGUUUGGUGCUGAAAUGGUGGAAUUGGCGCAUUUAACGGGUGAUAGACAGAAUGAUCUCAAAGACGAAAGGAGAAGAGCUCAAAUGGCUGCUGCUAGACAAGUAUUAGAAAGAUCGACGAUGAUGUUGCUAACUUCCAGUAAAACAAGCUUGAGGCAUCCAGAAUGUACAUCUGCAAGAGAAAAUCGUGAUACCGUAUUCUGCCAAAUGAGAAGAGCCAUGGACCUUAUUCAUUAUGUAGUGAAAGACGGUGUCUUAAAUAGUGCCGAUUCAAGUGUUCAAUCAGUUCAUAGAGAAGGACUAUGUGAAAGUGACAGAGGAACGGCAUAUGCCUGUAUACAGCAUUUGCAAUAUCUCCUCGAACAUAGUAAAAUCUCUAUGGACCCUUCCUGUCAAGAGACACUUCCGACUGCUUUAGAGGCUGUCUUAGAAAGAACUCAGGACUUCACUGACAGUGCCUAUACUAGCCAUGAACAUAGAGAAGCCAUUUUAGAAUGUAGUGAAAGACUUAAAACUGAACUGGAUCAUCUUCUAGGUCUUUAUGCAAAUGUAGGAGGUUUCGAGGAUGUAUCAAACUGUCCGGAGCUAGACAAUUCGGUGCAAGUGUGUAUCAACUCGUCGAGAGAUUUAUCUAGACACUUAGCGAACGCUGCUAUAUAUCAGGCUCAGGACUUAAGCAGUGUAACGAAACAGGGACUGGAAUUAGUUGGUGGGAUUAGGCAACACGCAACUAUGUCGGAAAUCGAUAGACUGCAUCAUACCUCAAAUGCCUUUCAUGAUUCCAUUGACCAUAUUUUAGAGGUCUGCAAAUUACUUAGAAACGUGGCCAUUUCCGACACGCUUCAAGUAUCUGCAAAAUUUACGGAAAUAAAUUUACGUGUUUACGGUCCUCAAGUGAUAACGGCAGCAAAGUGCUUGGCCGCUGUUCCCAGCAGCAAAAUUGCACAAGAAAAUCUUGAAGUUUUUGCUGAUAUGUAUCAGUGGCUUAUUUCUGAUGUGACGACAAUGGUGAAAGAUGUCAUUGAUGCCACACAAUCGAGACCGGAGAAACAAGUUUAUAUGUCUCUGCCAAGACCAGGGAAAAUGAGUGGGAAUAGAAGUCGUAUUCUAGUAGACCUCGCUAGUAAGAUUUGCGAAACAGAUGAAGAUAAUGCCAGACAUGAAAGUAGCGGUUUGUAUACUCAACAAUUAUUUGUGACUAAUAAAAGUGAAACCAAUAAUUUUCCCAUAGUCAGUGAUUCUGUCAACAAGUUUACUACUGAUACAAAUGAAAAUCCUAAAAUUGCUUCUCCUUUAGCUGAAAAACAAUACGAACAAUAUUUUCAUAUGGCUGUUGAUUUUGAAAACAAAGAAAACCAAAAAAGUCCAACUAUCUAUGAAACAACAGGUGCUGAAGAUGAAAGAGGACCAACGUUUAUAAAUAAUGACGUUACAAUCAGUAGUGAGCGUGAAAAGGACAGUAGCAGCUCUUCGUCUUCCAUAUCAACCAGUUCCUCUAGUAGUUCAGUCUUUGAUAACACCUCAGGCGACCCAAAUUAUUCUUCAAAUAGUUCUUCGUCAUCCUCUGAUGAUUCUUCUGAUGAGGGGCCUCCUUUAAUUUGGAACCAAAAUUUAAGCAACAAAAGACGCUCUGUUAAAAACCCAUGUCCCCCACCAGAAAAUAAACAUGGUACUACCUCAAAACCUUUAAAAGCUGUUCGACUGGACGUGGCAGAGCAAGAGAAAAUUGCCAAAACCGGCCUCGAGAUGAAAUUAGCAACUACAGAAAUGGACGCCGAGACUGACAAGUGGCAAGAAAAUAAUAGUAGUGCACAGUUAGAGGAAAACAAUGACAUUGUGAAGAGGGCGAAAAAUAUGUCAGCCAUGGCCUUUUCUAUGUACCAGUUCACAAAGGGUGAAGGAGAAUUAAAAACCACCCAGGAUUUGUUUACGCAAGCUGAAUAUUUCGCAGAAGAGGCCAACAGGCUGUAUAAAGUAAUAAGACAGUUUAGCUAUCAGGUUCCGAAAUGUAAAAGGAGCCCAACGCCACAGAAUCCAGAUACUGAAGAUGUCAAUUAUGAAGGAAAUAAUACUGAUACCGAGGUUAUCAUACCUGCGGCAGCAAAUGAUGUCAUACCGACAGAUGAUGGAGUACUACCUAAAGAAAGCGAACUGGCACAGCAUAACAAACGAAUCAGAAAAGAGAGUCCCCAAGCAAAUUUGAACACCCCAUUUUCAAAAAAGCAUCGUUUUUCUGGAAUUUCAGCUAUUGAAAAAGCAAUAGAUAAAUUAAGUGCAAUUGCUGCACAGAAUGCAAGCACAGAUAACGAAUUUGAUCAUUUUUGUCGAAGCCUGUCAGUUCAGCUUAAAACCAUGCCUCUGGACCGCGCCCUGAUAUGUCAAGAAAAGCUGCAAAAGGUUAUGAUGGAAGAGCGCAUGUAUCUCUUCAACUUAGAACAGACUCGCUCAAAGGAAUCUACUCCAUCACUGUAUACAGUAUAUUCGACUAACAGUGAGACGUCAGUUUCUACACCGACUACUACAAUGGAAAGAUAUGAAGAGAGUGCUCCUUAUGAUAUAUUAUCCGAAGCAUUCUCGACUAUUCACAAUUACCAAUGA